AUGGGUUCGGUGCUGGAGAACGUGAUAACUAAACGGACUGAGUACCAGGAAAACUGCACCAGAACGUUGGAGUCCAGCACCCCCACAAAAGCCGGAAUCUUCUGUAACGGGACCUUUGACAGGUUUGUGUGCUGGCCUCAUUCCUCUCCAGGGAACGUGUCGGUCCUGUGUCCCUCAUACCUGCCAUGGAUCAAGGAAGACGCCUCCAGGAACGUUUACCAGGAAUGUCUGGCCAAUGGGAGCUGGCGGUCUGACCGCGAUCAGAGAGAAUGUCAGGAGCCACACUUUUUCAAAGAGGAGGAAGACGAGAUGUUCCGGCAGACAGCUCUCCGGGUCAUCUCCCUCGUGGGCUACUCCCUGUCCUUGUCCUCCCUCUCCCUGGCCACUCUGCUGAUGGGCCUGCUCAGGAAGCUCCACUGUGCUAGGAAUUACAUCCACAUGAACCUGUUCCUGUCUUUCAUCCUGAGGGCCCUGGCAGUCAUCACCAAGGAGAUCCUAUUUCAUUUCACCUACACCAAGCUGCCCAAAGAUGAGACUGGGUGGAAGGCCUACUCCAACUCCACGAUCCAGAUUUUGUGUAAGGGCUCCAAGGUGUUCAUGGAGUACUUUGUGGCCUGUAGCUUCUUUUGGCUCCUGGUGGAGGCCAUCUUCCUCCACACCCUCCUCUUCACGGCCGUGCUGACCAAGAGACGCCUGCUGAAGAGAUACAUGCUCAUUGGCUGGGGAACCCCAUUCCUGUUUGUGGUGCCAUGGGCAGUGGUCAAGAUCCUGUAUGAAAACACAGGGUGCUGGGUCAACACCAGCAGACUGAUAUGGUGGAUCAUUAGAGGACCAAUCACGUUGUCCGUGCUGGUCAUCUUCGUCAUAUUUAUAAAAAUCCUUAUGCUGCUGCUGUCCAAGUUGAAAGCUGAUCAGGUGAAGUUCACAGACUACAGAUACAGCCUGGCCCGGGCCACCCUGGUUCUGAUUCCUCUGUUGGGGCUCCACGAGAUGGUGUUCGCCAUGUUCAUAGACGAGUGCGUCAAGGGCGACGGACGCUACGUGCGCAACUUCUUCAACCUGACGCUCAGCUCCUUCCAGGGAUUCCUGGUAGCUGUGCUGUACUGUUUCGCCAAUGGAGAGGUCCAGACUGAGCUGAAGAAGCGCUGGCAGCUCUUCCUGUUCACCAACCACUUCCAGGUCAGGAACUGCUUCCGGGGCGCUCCCCUCAAACACCUGUGGAAGUGUUCCCGAGGCCGCCGCCCACACGGAUCCGAGCAGAGCGAAUCGUACGAGGAGGGCGGAGCUCCCACUCACUGCCACCUGCUACAGGUGGCCACACAGAGAGAUGGAGGAGGAAGAGGAGGAAGAGGAGGAGUAGAAGGCGGGGGAGGAGAUAAAGGGGGCCAGCAGGGGAGAGGGAGGGGGAGGGACACGACGAGUCUGGAGUUUCUGGCAAGGAAGAGUCUGUCCAGUAGCGAUGGAGAGAUCACCCUGGGAGAAACCAUGGAGGAGAUACUGGAGGAGAGCGAGUUCUGA